GAGUCGUACAAGAUUGAAUUGCUUAUGUGGAAUCAAAAGCUCUGUUUCCUAGAAGAUGAGUCAGAAAUAGAAGAAAAUGAGGGUGACCGGAUUCCGCGGAGGGGCAAUCGUUGUUUAAUCGUUGAGCCACUUGUCUAGUGAUGAGAUGGGAGGAGGAUAUUGAGAAAUGGCAAGACCCGGUGCUGAAGGAUGAUAGACUGCCAGAAUGGUACAAUUUUACACUGUUUAAUGAACUAUACUUUCUGGUAGCUGGUGGGACUGUUUGGAUAGACUCGGCUGAGGCAGCUGGAAGUUCUUUAUAUGAUAAAAAGCAGCCGACAAAAGACGAGAACACAAAGUUUACGUCAGCAGAAAAGGUAGACUCUAAAGGCUUGGUAUUUGAGCAUAGAAAUGGGGCAAAUGUUGAUAAGGCCGAUGCUGGAAAAGGAAAUGUUUUAGAGGAGAUAGUAGUACCCUUGAGAAAAGCUAAGCAGCCGUUUUCUUUGGCAGAACCCCAGGAUGAGUGUAAUGAUGUGGGUAGAUUUCUUUAUCUGGAAGGAGUGGAAUACGUAAUGUGGUGCACAUAUGAUGUGCAUUUCUAUGCAUCUUUUGCACUGCUUGAUUUGUUUCCCAAAAUUGAACUUAGUAUUCAACGUGAAUUCGCCAAAGCUGUCCUGUCUGAGGAUGGUAGAAAAGUACGAUUCCUAGCUGAAGGUAACUGGGGAAUUCGCAAAGUAAGAGGAGCUGUUCCUCAUGAUCUGGGAACACAUGACCCGUGGAAAGAGAUGAAUGCUUAUAAUAUACACGAUACAAGCAAAUGGAAGGAUUUGAACCCCAAGUUUGUACUCCAGGUCUACAGAGAUUUCGCAGCAACAGGAGACAUGGCAUUUGGAAUUGAUGUUUGGCCUUCUGUUCGUGCUGCCAUGGAGUAUAUGGACCAGUUUGACAUGGAUGGUGAUGGCCUUAUAGAGAAUGAUGGAUUUCCAGAUCAGACAUAUGAUACAUGGACAGUUCAUGGAGUCAGUGCUUACUGUGGCUGUCUAUGGCUUGCAGCACUUCAGGCUGCAGCAGCAAUGGCUUUCCAAUUAGGUCACGAGGAAUUUGGUGAAAAAUACAAGAGAAAAUUUCAGAUGGCCAAACAUGCGUUUGAAGCCAAGCUGUGGAAUGGCUCUUACUUCAAUUAUGACUCUGGAUCAAGUAGUAACAGUAAAUCUAUUCAAGCUGAUCAAUUAGCUGGACAGUGGUACACAGCUUCGUCUGGGUUGCCUAAUCUCUUCGAUGACUUCAAAAUCAAGAGCACCCUGCAGAAAUUCUUUGAUUACAAUGUCAUGAAAGUUAAAGGAGGCAGGGCAGGUGCUGUAAAUGGGAUACAUCCCAACGGAAAGGUGGAUGAGACCUGCAUGCAAUCACGUGAAAUUUGGACUGGAGUUACUUAUGCUGUGGCUGCUAAAAUGAUUCUUGCAGGGAUGGAGGAGCAGGCCUUCUCAACUGCUGAAGGAAUUUUCAUUGCUGGAUGGUCUGAAGACGGAUAUGGAUAUUGGUUUCAAACCCCGGAGGCUUGGACAAUGGAUGGCCAUUUCCGUUCUCUAAUUUACAUGAGGCCGUUGGCAAUUUGGGAAAUGCAGUGGGCAUUAUCCAUGCCUACAGCAGUUAUUGAGGCGCCUAAGAUUAACAUAAUGGACAGGUCUGAUUUGCCUGCUUUAAGUUCAAGAUCCACUCACAACGAGGCAGGUGGAAGAAAGGCCUCAAGAAAAAUGAAGUGUUUCGGGAACUCAGUGUUUAGUUGGGCAUGUUAAAUGUGUGUAUAUUGCUUUUUUCUAGCAGAAAUAUUAGUUGCUAGAUCCUUCAGUCUUCAAUCCUUACACCUAUUAAUCCUAUUAAUCCUCCCUUACCUCUACCAGCCUUUGUUGUCUCAGGAUGGCAGGGGUAUGGGUCAGAGCAUGAUUUUUUAUACAGGGAUUAAACCCUAAAGACUGAGUUCCUCUGUUUCAUAAAAAUUGUAACGCUUUUACUUUUUGUAAUACACCGACAAUUCUCCA